AUGGAGGAUUCCCGGGAGACGUCGCCGUCCUCCAACAACUCCUCGGAGGAGCUGAGCUCUGCCCUGCGGCUGUCCAAGGGCAUGUCCAUCUUCCUCGACAUACUGAGGAGAGCAGACAAAAAUGAUGAUGGAAAAUUAUCCUUUGAAGAAUUCAAAGCAUAUUUUGCGGAUGGCGUUCUCAGCGGAGAAGAAUUACAUGAGCUCUUCCAUACCAUCGAUACCCAUAAUACUAACAAUCUUGACACAGAGGAACUAUGCGAAUAUUUUUCUCAGCACUUGGGCGAGUAUGAGAAUGUACUAGCAGCACUUGAAGAUCUCAAUCUUUCCAUCUUAAAGGCAAUGGGAAAAACAAAGAAAGACUACCAAGAAGCCUCCAAUCUGGAACAAUUUGUAACUCGAUUUUUAUUGAAGGAGACUAUGAAUCAGCUGCAGUCUCUCCAGAAUUCCUUGGAAUGUGCCAUGGAAACUACAGAGGAGCAAACUCGCCAAGAAAGGCAAGGGCCGACCAAGCCAGAAGUCCUGUCAAUCCAGUGGCCUGGAAAACGAUCAAGCCGCCGAGUCCAGAGACACAACAGCUUCUCCCCGAACAGCCCUCAGUUUAAUGUCAGUGGUCCAGGCUUGCUGGAGGAAGACAACCAGUGGAUGACCCAGAUAAAUAGACUCCAGAAAUUAAUUGACAGACUGGAAAAGAAGGAUCUCAAACUUGAACCACUAGAAGAAGAAGUUAUUGAAGGAAACACUAAAUCUCACAUCAUGCUGGUGCAGCGUCAGAUGUCGGUGAUAGAAGAGGAUCUGGAAGAAUUCCAGCUUGCCCUGAAACACUAUGUGGAGAGUGCUUCCUCCCAGAGUGGAUGCCUGCGCAUUUCUAUACAGAAACAUUCAAAUGAAUCUCGCUACAUGAUUUACGAGUUCUGGGAGAAUAGUAGUGUGUGGAAUAGCCACCUCCAGACGAAUUAUAGCAAGACAUUCCAAAGAAGUAAUGUGGAUUUCUUGGAAACUCCAGAACUCACAUCUACUAUGCUUGUUCCUGCUUCAUGGUGGAUCCUGAACAACAAUUAGAUGUUCCUAAGACAUUUUCUUUAUGGUCC